AUGGCACCCUCGCGUCAUAGCCGGAAUAGCUCUCAUUCCAAACAUGCUCGUAACGAUGCCAGAAGCCUAAAACGAAAACGAGAGGAGAUGGAUCUCACAACACUAAAGCAACGAGUCGACGAGCUGGAUGUGAAAGCUCCAGUUGAGGCAUUCGCUGAUCUUCCUCUCUCAGAGGCUUCCCUAGAUGGUCUCUCAGCGUCUCAUUUUAAAACAUUGACCAGUAUUCAGGCCAAGGCACUACCCCAUGCUCUCAAAGGACGGGAUAUUCUAGGUGCCGCGAAGACCGGCAGCGGCAAAACACUUGCAUUUCUGGUUCCCCUUUUGGAACUCCUCUAUCGCAAGCAGUGGACGGAAUAUGAUGGACUGGGGGCCCUGGUGCUCUCACCCACCCGCGAAUUGGCGAUCCAAAUAUUUGAGGUCUUGAGGAAGAUUGGUCGUCAUCAUUCCUUUUCUGCUGGGCUGGUUAUUGGUGGGAAGAGCUUACAGGAGGAACAGGAACGCUUAGGGAGGAUGAACAUUUUGGUAUGCACUCCUGGACGCAUGUUGCAACAUAUGGACCAGACUGCUGCUUUUGAUACAAAUCGUAUCCAACUACUUGUGCUUGAUGAGGCGGAUCGAAUUAUGGAUAUGGGGUUCCAAAACACUGUUGACGCCAUCGUCGAGCAUUUGCCAAAGGAACGACAAACCAUGCUGUUUAGUGCCACUCAGACUCAAAAAGUGUCGGACCUUGCACGCCUGAGCCUGCAGGAUCCAGAGUACAUAUCCGUCCAUGAAGCUGCAUCCAGCGCUACCCCUGCCAAACUUCAACAGAACUAUAUUGUCACGCCUCUUCCUGAGAAGCUAGAUACAUUAUGGAGCUUUAUACGGAGUAGUCUGAAAUCCAAAAUCAUGGUCUUCUUUUCUUCCGGGAAGCAAGUUCGGUUUGUAUACGAGUCCUUCAGACAUAUGCAACCUGGUAUAUCCCUACUGCAUUUACACGGACGUCAGAAGCAAGGUGCCAGAGUGGAUAUCACGAAGAAAUUUUCCGUAGCUAAGCAUGCGUGUCUAUUUGCUACGGAUAUUGCAGCGAGGGGUUUAGAUUUCCCUGCCGUCGAUUGGGUUAUCCAGGUUGAUUGCCCGGAGGAUGCAGACACAUACAUCCACCGUGCCGGCAGAACUGCACGCUACGAACGGAAUGGACGAGCCGUUCUCUUCUUAGAACCCAGUGAGGAGGCUGCGAUGCUGAAGAGACUCGAGCAAAAGAAAAUUCCCAUCGAAAAAAUCAAUGUUCGCACGAAGAAACAACAGAGCAUUAAACACCAGCUACAGAAUAUGUGUUUUAAGGAUCCGGCAUUGAAAUACCUUGGACAAAAGGCCUUUAUAUCUUAUGUCAAAUCCAUUCAUGUCCAGAAGGACAAAGAAGUUUUUGUAGUGAAAGACUUGCCCCUGGAAGCGUAUGCUGCAAGCUUAGGUCUGCCCGGUGCUCCUCGGAUCAAGUUUAUCAAAGGUGAAGACACCAAAAAGAGGAAGAACGCUUCACGACAAUUAGCAGCAUUGUCAAGCGGAGGCGAAACGGACACCGACGGUGAACACCGCAAGAAGGUAAAGGAAGAACCUGUGAGAACGAAGUACGAUCGCAUGUUUGAACGGCGAAACCAAGACGUUCUCACCGAGCAUUACACCAGAUUAAUUAAUGAGGACGAUGGCGGGAUCCUGGGCAACGCGCUUGAUAAUUCCAAAGCAGACGCAGAUGAAGAUAAUUAUUUUCUGUCUGUGAAACGCCGAUUCGACGCGGGCGAUGAUAACCUUGGCACAAUCUCUGGUGAUGACUCCAUCACAUCGAAACCUGACAUCAAAGCAGUACAGCUAUCUGGUGGCGAGCAGCUUCUUAUCGAUUCUCACCGGCGAGAGAAGCUCCUAAAAUCAAAGAAGAAGCUUCUCAAAUACAAGGGCAAAGGAUCGAAACUAAUCUUCGAUGACGAUGGGAACCCACACGAAGUGUACGAAAUGGAGGAUGAAGAUGACUUCCAAAAACGGGGCCCUGCAGAUGCACAACGGAUCAAGUUCCUUGAACUCGAAGCGGAGAGGACUCGCCUUGCUGAUAUCAGAGACAAAGAAAUUGCGAAACAGAAAAAACGGGAAAAGAAGGAGAAAAGAAAGGAGCGGGCCCGGGCAGAGAGAGAGGCAACGGAGGGUGGAGGGGUCCUUGCUCCGGUCGACGAAACUACCACUAGAGACCGCUCUGCCAAGGCUUCACAGGAUGAGCAUGACUCUGCAGGAGAAGAAAUCCAUCCAAGCAAGAAACAAAAGAAAUGGUUCCAAGGCUCAUCUGAAGACGAGGAUGGUAAGAACUUGAGGAGGAGCAGUAGCCGCUCAAAACGCCGUGAAAAUGCCGACAUCGACGGGCCUGUCGAGGUUCAAACCCUGGAGGAUUUGGAAUCACUUGCUGCUGAAUUACUUGGUUAA